AUGGUGGCAGUGGUCAUGGUGCAUAAAAACAAGGUAAUUAAAGUGCAAAGCCAUUCUCCAGCUAAUACAGAGGAGCUUGGGCAAAAGGCUUUUAUAUCCUUGAUUCACAUUGCCAGCAAUCACACCAACUUCAUGUUCAAGACAGGGUACAGGACAAUGGCAGAGGAGGCUACAGAGGUGGUGAAGGGGCUAUUUACUGACAUAUCACUCUAUGUCCUGGAUACAAGCUGGAGCAUUGAGGACAUAGUCCUGGGUUUCUUUGACAGCCUUUUCCCUUUGGUUUACAAUCGGCUGAUACACCCUGGACUAAGUGAGGUCUCUCUGGAUUAUUUAGAGUGCCUACGGUCGGCCAGGCAGGAUAUUAACCCCUUUGGAACCUACCCUAUGAAGAUGGUAACUGAGAUUGCAGAACCUCUGCAGGCAAUGAAGAUUCUCCUCCAAGUCCUGAACGUAGGCAGCGAGGUGAUAAAUAUGACCAAGAACAUUGUUCUCACCCGGGAGUGUACCAGAGCCCUAGUGAAGAUGCAAUAUUGCUCUCACUGCCAUGGCCUUACUCUGAUCAAACCUUGUGGUGCCUAUUGUCUUAAUGUGAUGCGGGGAUGCCUGGCCAAUGUCGCCGAUGUUGACCCUCACUGGCAGGCCUACAUUUCGAACCUAAACGAGCUGACCGGGAUCAUUACAGGACCACAAGGUGUGGAGCGUGCUCUACUGGGAGUGGCGCCACUGGUUAAUGAAGCUAUUUUGCAUGCUCAGCUGAAUGGACCCGAGAUUUCUACUACAGUGAGUAAGGUUUGUGAUCAGCCCCAAGAGCGAGCAAUAACUACAUCACAGGAAAACAUAGCGCGGAUCCCAGUCAUGCCCAGCUUCAAGCCCCAGGCUGUGACCCUGUUCGCCAACCUGACCCAGAGAAGAAGGGACUUCCUGAACUACAUCCGACAGUAUAGGACCUUCUAUGCUUCUAUGGCAGAGCAGAUCUGUGCAGAUGAUCUCCGGCCUCAUGAUAGCUCAACCUGCUGGAAUGGGGGAAAUGUUGUGGAAAGUUACACAAACAGGGUGGUCGGGAAUGGAUUGAAGGAACAAGCAAACAACCCGGAAGUGAAAGUCCGAGGACCUGACGCCAUGGUGAAGAAAGUCAUCGACAAACUCGUGCAAAUCGAUAAGAUGUUGCACAGCAAAAGGACCAAGCAGUCAGGGCAAUGGUCCUCAAGAGAACCCGGCAGUGGCGAUGACAGGGAAGAGGACUCUGAAUCGAGCGGAGACUGUGACGAUGAAGAUGGAUGCACGGGAUCUGGAAGCGGAGAAGUGGUCCGUAAGGAGAAUACAUGUGAGUUGUCUUACAGAUGGUUGGUUCCUAAUGACACUUUGUGA